CACAGCUACCCUCCAUAUCUUCUCCCCACACUUGUGCACUUUGCCACCAGUCAGUAGAUUGUGCGGUCAUGCUGUGGCUGAACUGAGAGGAAAUCAGACCUGUUAAAACAAAUAACUGCUCAAAGAAAAAGAAAACCCAAGCAUACAGCCCUCCUGGUAUAUAUGAAAUGGAGGAAUGGGAGAGCCCCACUUCUUUGAGACCCACAGAAGCCAAACCGGACAGCUCAUUAUUAAUAGCAAAUUCUUGUGAGAAUCUGGAAUGCUACAUGGUCCUGAUUAAAGCAGAGAAGACAGCCAUCGGCUCCAUCUGUUUCCUGGCAGGCCCGAUCACACUGCUCGAAAAUGCUCUGGUGCUGUGUGUGAUCGCUGCUACAGCCUCCCUGCGGCGGCGACCCUCCUAUCUGUUCAUUGGCAGCCUCGCUUUAGCUGAUGUCUUCGCCAGCUGCUUCUUCACCACCAGUUUUCUGGACUUCCACCUCUUCCGUCACAGUGAUGGCCCCACUGCCUACCUCUUCAAGUUAGGCGGUGUCACCAUGGCUUUUAGUAGUUCGGUGGGAAGUUUACUGCUGACCGCACUUGACCGCUAUCUUUGCAUCUACCAGGCCUCAAGCUAUAAGGUGAUGCUGACACGACGGAGAGCCCUGCUGAGCAUGCUGAUUCUCUGGAGUGCCACCAUCUUCAUUGCCUUCCUGCCUCUGAUGGGCUGGAGGUGUCCCACAGUCCUGACCCCACCUUGCUCCCGUCUGUUCCCUUACAUCAACCGGGAAUAUCUGGCCUGCUGGACCAGCUUCAUCCUGGUGCUGCUGGCUCUGAUCCUGGUAGCUUACACUCUCAUCCUGUGGAAGGCCCACCGUCAUGAAUCCUCCAUGACCAACCUACAGGGACCAGCAGCGACAGGCCAUAACCGCAUGAGGAUGGAUAUCCGGCUAGCUCGUACCUUUGGCCUAAUCUUAAUCAUUCUGGUGGGCUGCUGGCUUCCAGCACUCUCCUUCAUGAUCGCUGAUGUCUCUGGGAUCCUGACUCACAGACAACAGAGAGCCUUUGCCUUCUGCAGCACCCUCUGUCUGGUGAACUCUGCAAUCAACCCACUGCUGUAUGCCCUACGCUGCAAAGAGCUACGGGUUGCCCUGCUGCAGCUAUUACAAAGGGUGUGUAAGGUUGGGUGGUGUAAAACAUCUACAGAGGAUUUAACCCCAGGACUACCCUCUACAGAAGACCUCAACUUUACUGCCAUCUCUGAAGUAGAAAUACCAAGGCCCAGAACCAUCAGACUUAACUCGGUCUCAGAAAUAGUAAACAGUCAGCAGCUGGACAUCAGGAAAUGACGGAGCGGUAGCUGGACAGAUGGGAAAUAUUUAUGGCAGUGUAAAUAUGGUGAAGACGGUUAUUUAAAAUCAAGUUUAGUGUAGAAUCAAAUCUUUAGCACCCAACAGCAGGAUUUAUUGUCAUAUACUGCAUAUUAGGGCUGGCAUAACUUGGUUGUGAACAGGACCACUGUGGUAAAAACAUCAGAAAGUACAUGAAAUAAACGAAAUGUGGUAAUUGUGUUUUUAUGUGAAAUAAUAAAUAUUAUGGUUGUAAGGAGAAUACGUUAAAACCUUUUAAUACAUAGAAUGUCUGUUAUAUUCGAACCAUUGUCAGGUGAGGUCACACAAAGCUGAUUAAGCCUGUCAGCUCCACACAACUCUCUGUGUUUCUCAGUUUAGCGAUGAUGAGCGCUCAUGUCGCCCAGUGACAUUCCAGAAAGUGAAAACAGAUGGAGGCAACAGCAGCAUUGUGCAAGUAAAGCAAGACGGCUGCAAACAGGUUGGAGAAAGCCUGAAAACACAAAGAAGUGACCAUAAAAAGUCUCUGCUCUAAACAUCCAGUUGAUCAGCAGUUUAACAGGAGAAACUCGUCUCUGCCCCCACCUGCCCCUGAGCUGCUGCUGCAUACACAUGAGCACUCCCUCAGCCAGGUCUGAUAAAUUUGAACAUGCAUGUUCAAUUUUAGUUGUGUAAACAUGUUAGUCCGACUAAAAUCGAGCUAGUCUUAGUCUGACUAACAUACCUGGAUAAUACCAUUCAUAGUCCAAUUACCCCUGCAUGUAUACGCCUAGACGGGCUGGAGUCAGACUUGGCAUUCUUCGAAUGCACCAAAAUGUCCUCCCUGAUCUUUGACCCGGAAGAAGAAGGAGACGACAUAUAGACAGCGAUGGUGUCAUUCUUUUGACAACACAGCAAACACAACAGUGAUUUAAUUUGUAUCACGGUUAACAUGUACAGCAGGUACGAAACAUACAGAACCACAGCACGAUCCAGCUCACCGUCCACAGUUUGUUUUUCUGUGACAUAAAGGUCAACAGGAAACUGAUUUAAUUCGCACUAGCUUAUAGAUUAGAUAUGAUAAGACACUACUGAGAGGAAGACAUGUCUUCUCCUCGUGCAGCUUUGGUAUCGUUUUCCAUUACUUCACAGUACCUCCUCAACGUGGAAGGGGUCAUCAUAGCACGGCUGAGGGAAUGAUGAUUGGGGGGAAACGUUUUUGUGUUUGCUUCAUGGAGUAUGUGGGCACUGACGCAGGCUGUGACAUCAGACUUUGCCCACUCCUCAGGUGAGCCUGCAGAGGUUUCUGAAAGGAUGACUCUAGAUCUAUAUUCCAACCGUUUGCUACAUAGAAAGAGUCGUGUGGAGCUGAUAGGCUGGACCAGCAUUGUGUGAACUCAUUUGACAAUGGUUUGUUUGAAUGUGACAUUUAUUUAAAUGUAAGUUAUGCAAUAAGCUUUAAAGUCUGGGAAUCAUCACCAUUACAUAUGACUUUAAACCUAACAAUCACAGCAUAGAGAAUUAGUUGAAUAAUGACCAACUAAUAGUCAUUAUUUGUAUUUCAAUAUGAGUAGCUUUGUACGGUUCAUUUAUUUAAUUGCAAAUUGUACAAAAAUAAACUUCUGUAUUAAGCAUUUGUGGUAAUAAGACAGAAGGGGCUAUACAUGUAUGUAUUUCUGUGAAAAUGUGUUUAGGUCAAGCCAAAUGUUUGGUGUGUUUUAAGCUUUUUUUGUGGCAAUUUAACCUUUAACAUUUGACCUCUCUGCCUUCAUGUCGUUGCUUUAAAGCUCUCAAUCCCUUGAAACUGUGUUGUCUGUGAACUGAACUGCUGACUUAACUUUAGGUCUAUAAUUUGUUGUUUGCAUGCUUCUUUAUGUUUGACUGUGUCCCAAAAAGAGAGGACCCAGUGGAUUUACCCACGUCCUACCUGCACAUGAAUGCCAGGACUCCACAAAAGAGCCAAUGUAUGGGAGGAUUCCACACAAUGUUCACCACAUGAAUCCAAGCAGUGUGCUUAGGUAAAUGAGGCACACACAAAAGCAACAGCCAGCAGCUGCAGUAAUGCACAUACUGACAUGGCUUUAAACUCACUGCCAAAUGUAAGGUCAUAAAACCAACAUUCACAGAAGGCUUUGCUGAGAAUUAGGUUAUUUGAUUAUGUCAACAUCUAUAUAUAACUCAAUUCGUUUUACAUAUACUUUUAUUAUAUUUUUAUGGAUUUAUCUACCAGGAAGUUUUUGUUUUAAUCCCAUUAUUUGUUCCAGUCUAGGGUCACCUCAGUUCAAUGUAUAUGCAAUGAUUUUUUAUUUUUUUUUUUGCACAUGAAAUAAAUUGUCAAAGACUGAAACAUGGCUGGCUUACUGAUUACUGGA